GAUUAACACAGGUCUAGCGACUUACAAUCCUCAUCACAGAAGACUGGUUCUUUUGAAUGAAGACCUUUGAGCGACCUUGGCGGAAGGUCAAUGGGGGCGAAUACUUCGAAUACACUUGAUCAGUCCGAGGUUGAGGAAAUUGCACAAGAAACUGGAUUUUCUCCAAAACAAAUUUAUCGAUUGUACAAUAGAUAUUUGGCUUUGGACAAGACGAACGCCGGGUACUUGAGGCGUCAUGAUUUUCUAUUAAUUCCAGAAUUAGCCAUUAAUCCACUUGGCGAUCGAAUCGUGAAUGAAUUUUUUAAAGAUAGUCAAGGUGAAUUAAAUUUUCGUCAAUUUGUACGUAAACUAGCAAGAUUUCGUAAAGUUCGACCACAACAAUCUACUCAAUUUAAUAAUCGUGAUGCAAAAUUACGCUUUCUAUUCGGUAUGUAUGAUUUAGAUAUGGAUGGUAAAAUAUCAAGAAAUGAAUUAUUGGGAAUGUUACAAAUGAUGGUCGGUGCUAAUAUUACUGUUGAACAGAUCAAUAAUAUCGGUGAACGAACAAUGGCUGAAGCGGAUCUUGAUGGUGAUUGCUAUAUAUCGUAUGCGGAAUUUGUACAAGCAUUUGAUAAUGUGGAUAUUGAACAAAAGAUGAGUAUACGCUUUUUGGAAUGAUUACAUUAAUCGAUUUAUAUAUCUAUCUCUAUGCUUCCCCCAGUCUCUGUUUUUUUAUACACACCCACAAAAAAAAUAUUCGCAACAAUUCCAAUUAUAUAAACAAAAUCAUUUCUUAUUUUCCUUAAAUAUUUCAUUUUCAUUAGUGAUUUUGUUGUUCUCGUUCAAUUUUCCUUUCUGUGUUCAUUUGAUUUACAUAACACUCAACUGUUCACGUACAUAAAUAUUAUUAUCUUGGCCUGAUGAUCAACGUUUUAGUUUCUCUCUGUUUUGAAUAGUUCUUUAUGUGUAUGUUACUGCACUUGUUAAUUAUCCUCCUGUGAACAUACAUGGAGAAAGGCAGGCAUGAGAUUACAUGCAUACUAUACAUAUCUCUUGUGUGAGAUCAUUCUAUAUUAUAUAAUUUUGUAAAAGCAAUAGUUUUAUGUUUAUCUGCUUAUUUACAUUUCAGUAGUAUAUUUUUGUCUAUCUCGAUUUUCAACGCCAAUAUCUACUUUUCACUCUCUUUCUCUCUGUAACAGUGAAUAAUUAUUGAUUUUUUCUCUCAAAAGAUCUUGAUGAUUAUGUUUUUGGUUAUUAUUAUUAUUAUUAUCAUUAUUAAUAAUUCUGAUUGCAGUGAUUGGAUCUGAUUUAAAACUGCCACUACUUAUGUGUUUAGUAUUCACUAAUGUUGAUAAUUAUAUGAAUAUAUGAAUUCAAUAUACUUAGAAUAAAUAUAGAAGUUAAUUAACAAACAGAUUUAUCAUGACUGAUAUCAGAAAUCUGCAAUUUAGCUGGUUGCUUUUAUUGGUAUGUUCUUUAAUCUAUUUGGUUUAAUGGUGAAGAUUUAUCAGUUGUCCUUCUGGACAAUAUUAUCUGCUCCUGUAUUAUGUGGUUGUGAAUUUUUCAGUUUUUCCACAAGCUUUAAAUGGUGUGGUUCAUGAUUGAUUAUCUUUAUGGGUAAUUUAGUCUUCAUUUAUUCUUGCAUUUCUAUUGAAUGUGUUUUUUUGACUGACUUCUGAUCGUGUAGUUAGUCUAUGUCUUUCACGUGGAUUGAUACAUUGGAUUGAUGUCGAUGUCUGUUGAUGGCCAAUUGAUCUGAAUGCUAUACAUGUGGAAGUUCUCUAACAUUUUUAGAAUUUCGACGUUUUCCCAUCCGAAUUCAUUCAUGUUCGUGGUUUUAUACAUGUUUUGAUAUUAUUGAUGACGUAUAAUACUGCAUCACUGGUAAUCUAUGUUCAAGGUAUGCAUAGGUAGAGAGAGAGCGUCCACUUUAUCAGUCGUACUACUGAUAUUCUGAUUACUCAGUUUUCUGUGUUCACGACUACAAAAGUAGAAUGGAUUAUAAGCAACAGAUAUUAAUGUAAUUUCACAUUGACCAUCAAUUAUAAUACCAUUCAAUUAUCCUGGUUUUUCUUUUAGUAGUUCCAAUUCCUGCUGUAGUCGAUACAUCUAACUUGAAAAAAAAAGCUAGAAAUUUCCAUUGUAUCCAUCGUCGCUGACAAGGCAAUAUCGAGGCAGUCCUCACAGGAUGCACAUAUGCCAAUAAGAGACUAAUCAAUUGCAGUCCUAAACACUAAUAGGGAGAUUCAAACAAACAAUACACAAUGAAUUAAAUUUGAUCUCAUUUCACAAGCUAGUGGUUAUGUGGAGUCAGUAGCUAAGUGGAUAACUCGAUGGCGUUUGAAGCGAACAUUACUGGGUUCAAGUCUCGGAGUGAACAUCAACUCAGAGAUGCACGUAUAUUCAACUGAAGAGUUCCAUAUGAAACGGAAUGUGCAUCCUGGAUUCCACUGCUAACCACCAUUCUCAGGUAUUGAAAUGAAAACAACUGAAUUAUAUGACUAAGUAAAUUUUAAUAAGAUUACCGAAACAUAUUUUCACUGAUCGACAAAAUAUAUGCUCUGCUACGAUUAGGGCGUUAUACUUUACUGACUGAAUAGUUUUUAUUGAUUGGUCCUACAACAGAAUCAGUUGUCGAAUUAGAUUCUUCCGACCAUUUAAUAAUAAGAAUCAAAAUCAAAUAUGGAAAAGUAUCUAAUCCACUGAUUAGAUAGUGAUCUAAAAUUUUGAUUUCUAUUUCGAUCACGGAAUAAGUGUUAAAAAAUUGAAAACAUUUCAUACAAAUAACUGAGAAUUUAGUUACUACUGGAUACUGUAGUAGGUUGACGAGAAGCUAAUUGAUUUCUAAAUUUAGGUAAAUCAAUAGUCCAUAGAAAUACACUAACUGCUGAACUAAACUGUUUCAAACAAUUCAAAGUACAUGAUCAGAACUGUAGGACAACAUAGUUGGGAAAAAAUUAGAAAAAAAACGACUGGAAGCUGAUUGCAUCUACACUUAUUCUUUAUCUUCCUGGUUUCUACCUUUUUCAUUCGUAAAUCUCAUUCCUCUUUGUGUUUAGUCUUCAAUUGUAGUUAAUAUCAUUAUUAGUUACCCUAUUUCAAGUUUCACCCUGUCAAGAUUCUUUCUUACUGUAUUGAUAAAGACUGAUAAUAACUGAUGACGAUACACAUUAUCCCCAUAUCUUACACUUUUUAUCAUAGACUAUCCACUGAUAUGUAUUAAUUCAACUCAACACGUACUCCGCCUAUAGAUCUCCUGGGGCUACUUCCCGUUUCAAGCCUACAUAUAACGGAAGGGUUGGGCAUCGGGUCGGCAAACCCAUCUCAUAGAAAACAAUCUUUCUAAAGACAACGCUAAUCAGAAUAAACAAAUUGAACUACUUAAACCGUGCCCUCAGAGUAGAAGGAAAAUUUAUCACGCCUCUUGUUGAAAGCCGAGAUUCUCCGGAAGUCAUGAGACUGAUGCCGCCUUUGACAACUAGAGCAACAGUUAAUAUAACUUCAUCGAAUUUCCGGACCAUGUUGUAGACUGGGAGGAACAACCAAAUAGCUACGGAAAUGAGGAGAGACAACUUGGUGGUGCUCGGAAUAAGUGAAAUCCAUUGAACUCAAUCUGGACAGAAGAUAGAUUAGAGAGAAAUGCUUCUGUACUCAGGUCAUUGAGAAGAAAGUGCCCUGCGCACUCAGGGAGUUGCUCUUAUGCUGUCCAAAGAGCCACGUAAAGCAGUUAUUGGAUAGGAAUCUCGUGGACCGAUGAUCAUCAAAGCAUCAUUUAAAAAAAAGAAGGGAAUCACAAUGAAUAUUAUCCAAUGUUAUGCACCCACCAGUGAAUGCAACGACGACGGUAAAGAUCAAUUUUAUGAAAGGUUUCAGUCGAUCAGAGCGUAGUGUUCAGGAAAGGACUUGACCAUCCUGAUGGGAGACCUAAACGCCAAAGUCGGAAUUCACAACACCGGGUAUGAAGACAUCAUGGGAAGAGAUGGACUGACUGGGAGAAAGGAACGAGAAUGUUGACAGAUUUGCAGAUCUAUGUGCAUUCAACAAAAUGAUUAUAGGUCGCAUAAUAUCUCCGCACGAAUGCAUACAUAAAUCUACAUGGGUCUCAUCGGACCACAGUAUGGCGAACCAGAUAGAUCAUAUUUACAUCAGUAAAAAAUUCAGAGAGAGCUGACAUCGCUUCGAAUCACCACCUGGUGGUUGCCAAGAUGAAGUUGAAGCUAAAGAAGCACUGAACAACUGGGAAACGACAUUACGAAGGCUCGAUAAAGCCUUCCUUCGAGAUAUUGACAAACUCAACGAAUUAAAGAUAGCUCUCAACAACAGGUUCCAAGCCUUACAGGAUCUAUUGGAAGAAGAUGAAACCACUACGAAGGACAACUGGAAAGGGAUCGGAGAAGCAUUAACUUCAACAUGUCAGGAGGUUCUUGAACUCAAAAAGCAUCAACAGAAGUAACGAAUCUCUUUGGGAACCCUAGAUAAGAUUCAAGAAAGAAAGAACAAGAAGAUAGCAGUUAACAACAACCGAACAAGAACAGAGAAACUCAAGACACAAGCUGAGUACAUAGAAGCAAACAUCCAAGUGACGAAGAGCAUUAGAGUUGACAAGUAGAAAUACGUGAAAGAGCUAGCAACGACAGCGGAAAAAGCUGCAACAUGGUGAAAUAUCAGACAACUAUAUGAUGUAAUGAAGAAACUGGUAGAGUAAACUAGAGAGACCGGUCAAGAACAAAGAAGGGAAGCCGAUUAAUGAGAUUCAAGAACACAGGAAAAGAUGGGUAGAGCAAUUUGAGGAACUACUGAAUAUGAAUGAUUCAUUGAAUCCACCGGAAAUCGAAGCAAUACACACAGACCAUACUAUAGAUCUCACUCCAUCAAUGAUAAAAAAAUCAGGAUGGUCAUCAGACAAAUCAAGAGUGGGUAAGCAGUAGCACCUGGCAAUAAACCAGCUGAAGUCAUACAUAGAGGCAACUGAAAAGGUGCUCUACGUUCUAUUCAGGAAGAUUUGGGAGGAAGAACAAAUGCAACAGACAGACUAAAAAAAGAAUUGUAAGGAAGGAUACCUCAUCAAGACAACAAAGUCAGAUCUGAUCGGCAUCCUAUGUUCGAUUGGGAGUAACAGGCGUAAGUAAUUAAGUAAGAAUCUAUAAUAUAUGACUUAAAACAUUAUGUUUGACUCAAUUGCAAAACAGUAGCUCAGUCGUUCAGAUUUUUCAUUCAAAGUUAAAUCGCUAAUAAUUAAACUGAAAUCUAUCUUACCUGUUGACUACUUCCAACCACCAUUUUAUCUCACUAUAGUGCAUGCAAUGUCGAGUCACCUAGACUAGUCUACACAUUGCAACUUGGUCUAUAGGAUUCGAUCUACAUUAAAAACGACCUAACACAUAUGACAUUGAUCACCAACUAGUGAUCAAGCAACUAUCAAUCUUACCAACUCUUUACUUUAGUCAACAUUCGGUAGCGACUAUUUUUUAAUCAUCAUUUCAUAAUAGACGUGGUUCAUUGUUUCAUAAAUUAAUUGAUUCUUGACUUAAUUUACUGGAAUUAAUCCAAUAAAAAUAUUAGUCUUUACAUUUCAAUACAACUAUAAAAUCAACAAACAAAUCAAAUGAGAAGAGAUUUAUAGUAAAUACGUAGAUAAUAACAGGACAAGUGUCAAUAAUAAGCAGUACACUUCAACGUUGGCAAAACAAGC